AGUGAACACAUUUUAUGUUCGUCGCUUUCGACAAAGAUGGCAACCAACUUGUACUGGGUUGUCAAUUAGUAAAAUCACUGCUUCCUACGAGAUGCAUUCCACGGAAACUAUUUGAACAUUCUCAUAUUACGCGCGUAAUUGAUUUGUAACUUGCAAUGAUAUCAACGAGAUACCUAUCAUUCUUGUCUGGAAUAAUAAUAGCUUCUUUAACAUGGGCAUUCAGUCUAUAUCUUUAUUCGAGAUUGUCACAAAACUCCAUCACUGCCAGCCCUACAAUGUUAGUACCUGGCAUUUCUAGUCAAGCGCUCAAAGAAUCGUUAUUCAGACAUGGGGAAAUCAGUGAGAAGGAUAUCAUGUUACGCGAUAAUGUUAUCAUGUUGCGCAAUGAGAAGCAAACAAUGAUUGGUAAGAAAACCUACAACUUAAAGGGCAAUAAAAAUUACAAGAACAAUGACCUGUUUCUGCAGCAACUACAACCUGUUCCAGUAAAACCUGCAGUUACAUCAGAUCAAGGUUUAGAUGAAUUAGGGAUGGUGAAGAAUUUGGACGAUCAGCAAAAGAGAGACGAGGGAUACAAAAAUUAUUCUUUUAACAUUCUGAUAUCAGACAAUCUUGGCGUGUUGAGAGCUGUGCCAGACACGAGACACAAAUUGUGUCGAGCACGAAAAUAUCCCGCUAAUUUGCCAAACGCCAGUAUAAUUAUUUGCUUUUAUAAUGAGCACUACACGACGUUACUGCGAUCAUUGCAUUCCAUAAUUGAGAGAACCCCAGCGACGCUACUGCACGAGAUCAUCUUAGUGAAUGAUUACAGCGACAGCAAUAUGUUACACGAGAAGAUCAAAGUAUACAUUAAGAACAAUUUCGACGUUAGAGUACAAUUUUUCAAGACUGACAGGAGAGAAGGUCUAAUCAGAGCACGAGUGUUCGGCGCAAGGAAGGCAACCGGCGACGUUUUGAUUUUCUUGGACAGCCAUAUAGAGGUGAAUGAAAUGUGGAUAGAGCCGCUUCUUUCGAGAAUCGCCCACUCAAGAACUAUCAUACCUAUGCCGGUAAUCGAUAUCAUCAACGCGGACACGUUUCAAUAUACUGGCAGCCCAUUGGUAAGAGGUGGCUUUAACUGGGGUCUUCACUUCAAAUGGGACAAUUUACCAAUUGGAACACUAAAACAAGAAGAUGAUUUUGUAAAGCCCAUCAAGUCGCCGACGAUGGCUGGAGGAUUAUUCGCUAUCGACAGAGAAUAUUUUACAAAAAUGGGAGAAUAUGACACCGGUAUGGAUGUUUGGGGCGGGGAGAAUCUUGAGAUAUCGUUCCGAAUAUGGAUGUGCGGCGGUAGUAUCGAACUCAUUCCUUGUUCACGGGUAGGUCAUGUCUUCAGAAGACGACGACCAUAUGGCUCAGACGACCCGCAGGACACCAUGUUGAAAAAUUCCUUGCGCGUUGCGCAUGUAUGGAUGGACGAGUAUAAGGAUUAUUUUCUGAGAAACGCUAGGAGAAUCGAUUACGGCGAUAUCUCGGAACGAUUGGCGUUGCGGCAUAGAUUAAAAUGCAAGACUUUCGGUUGGUACUUAAAAGAGGUUUAUCCCGAACUAACAUUGCCAGAUGAUACGGAGAGACGGCUGAAGGACAAAUGGUCGAAACUUGAUCAAAGACCAAUGCAGCCUUGGCAUUCAAGGAAGAGAAAUUAUACUGACCAAUAUCAAAUCAGACUUUCAAAUUCUGCGCUUUGCAUCCAGAGUGAAAAGGAUAUCAAGACUAAAGGCUCCAGACUUAUUUUGAUGCCGUGUUUAAGAAUUAAGUCACAGAUGUGGUAUGAGACUGAUAAAAAUGAAUUAGUACUUGGCCAAAUGCUUUGUCUGGAGGGAGCGGAGAAAACUCCGAAACUUGGAAAGUGUCACGAAAUGGGUGGAAGUCAAGACUGGCGUCAUAAACGCAUCAAUAAUACACCCAUAUACAGCAUGGCAGCUGGGACUUGCUUAGGUGCAAUGCGUGAUGUAAGAAAUGCUCAAAUUAUCAUGGACUUAUGCACAAAAUCGAACACUUCAUUGAUAACUUGGGAUCUUAUCCGAUCAAAAAUUCCAUCUAAAGAAAUUAGAUGACGUCGAAAGAAAGGUCGUAAAAAUAGAAAAAAGAACUAUGAGGACUGGCUUGGGAGAAAAUGGUAGGUCCCUUUGGUAAACUGUAUAUACUCGACAAAUGGUCAUAAUCAGAUGUAGAAAAUUUCAUACGUCGAGUUUUAAAAUAAUUAUGACAAGAAAUAAGUAAGAAAAACUUGACUCUUCAGCAGAGCUUUAAAACAGUUGAAAGUAUCGUAA